GCAACAAUAUCUUCCCAAGUCUUUAUUCAGGAGGAUAAUAUUAUAUUGUCGAUGUCUCUACUUAAUUGCGAUUGGUAGCGGAAUACCUUCUGCCUUUGUACGAAAACGUAUAAUAAUAUCCGAGCAGAAAAGUAGAGAGUAAAGGAGAUUAAAGAACAGCUAUAGAUCUGAUCGGCUGAAAGCAACUUUCAAAACGCUACAGAAAUGCGACGCGUAAAUCGAGAAGAAGCGUGCGCGAUGACAGAGUCAUAUGUAGGAUGAAUAGCUCUAUUGUCCCUUCUACGUUGUCCCUAUUUAAGUAUAUAGUGACAGCUGUAAGUAAACUGUGUUCAAAUAUCACGAGUAUUUAAAAGAAGUCCAUUGUUCAACUUUUAUCGCAAAGAAGAUUUGUCGAGAAUAUGGAUUUUCAAAACGUUAAUCCUCUGAACGUUCGCUUAAAUGCUCUUUCGGGAAACUUGCUGCCCUUGAAACCAGACGAUUCGCAAUUUCCCGUAAUAUGGAAGGUAUACAGCAUCUUGGUGUGGCUGAUUGAGAUAGUUCUAACAAUCGUGUUAAUUCCCGGCUUGUUCCUGGUGUCACGGGAGAAGGCCCUGCAAGACGGUACAGUUCUCAGUGUAGUCACCAUAGAGGUGUUUUUUAUGGCCACGCGGAUUCACUCACACAGACAACUGAUGAAUCAACUGAUCCAGAAAUUAAACGAUAUUUUACGCCUCGCGGACGGGACUAUGAAGAGCAUUGUGACGACGACUCUGCAGCCUAUGGAGAAUCCGCUCAAGUUUUACUGGCUGUCUGGCUGGUUCGGUGUCUUCCUAUGGGCCUGCUUACCGUUCUUGUUGAUCUCCAAAGAGGUUUCCUUCUUCUACGAGAGCUACCGAACGCCAGCUAUCUUCUCCAAGCAGCCCUUUUCGCUCGAUGUCUUCCUACUGGGCAGCAUCUUCAUACUGAUCGGUAACAUGUACAUUUUUGUAAAAAAAGUUGGCUUGGAUGUUUAUAUGAUACAUCUUGUGCUACUGAUAACGGCGCAGUAUCGAUAUAUCGCCACGAAACUCGCGAUAAUAUUUCGAGAUGGAAAUCCGCUGAGUGAGUUCGAUGAAUCUCGUCAAACGUACUGCUCUGGAAUAGAUCGAUGGGUGGAAAAAGAAAUGAUAACAUUAUGUCGGCAUCAUAACACUGUCAUUCACUUAUCAUCUAUGUUAAAGAAAUUACUGUCUUUAAACUUCAGUAUGAUCUAUGUGAACAGCGUCUUACGGUUUUGUUUUAUUGGCGUUAUGUUGAGUACAGUGCUAUCAAUAACAAUUCCAGAAGCUCUCUCGAUCGUCAUGUAUGCAUGUGGUUCAAUAGUACAAUUUUACAUGUUAUGUUCUUGCGUUCAGCAAUUGUUAGAUGCGAGCCAACAAAUAACGAAUAAAGCAUUUCACGAAAAAUGGUACCAGUUUGGACCAUCUGUGCAACGUACAUUUAUGUUGAUGAUAUUAGCCAAUAAUUUAGAGUGCAAGCUCUCGACGUGCAACAAGUUUAAUUUGUCUCUACCCUCAUUUAUGACGAUAUUAAAUCAAUCGUAUUCAAUUGCUCUUCUACUCUUACGAGUACACGAAUAAUGCGGCAUUUCUGAAAUCAAAUCUUUAUUUUUCAAACUAAUGGUAAUAAAUUUAUGAAUAAUUUAGUUAAAAUUAGUAAUUAUGUUAGAAAUAUGUGCAAAUAUUUUUAUGAUGUAAUUUCACGAGA